AUGACGAGUACGGACGAGGAUCCUGCCGCCGAAAUCACGGCAGCCUUCGGAACGUUUGAUCUUGAUGAGGAGGCUGACGACAAUGACAACAAACCCACAAUUGACAGCUACGAUCCUUUUGGUGUUGGUGCGCCACUCGCUUCAGAACCCAAGAAAGUCAGUCCAGAAAAGAAAAAGUCCCCAGUUAAGAAAAUUAGUCCAGAAAAGAAAGAUCCACCAAAGAAGUACUUGGCCAAAGACGUUGCACCGAAUUCAGUCCCUCCCCUAAUUUCCAUCAACUUUAAGAUACACGAAGAAAUCUCAUCCAUUGCCAUUAUGGACCCAGAAAUGGAAGGAGCUUCUGAGAUUUUUGUUCAAGGAGGUGUAAUGGCACAAAUGACAUCUUCUGAUGCACACAAGAACUCCCCAUGGUUUUUGGAUGCCAAGACAAAGACAGGAGAAAUUGUGGACGUGACUCCAAAUGUGUCAUAUUCCAAAAAGUGGGAUGCCCAAAAAGGCCAACGCAAGAAAGCGAGCGUAAUAACAAUUCCAAAAGCGACAGUGGGGUUUGUCCCGAUUGCUAGCUAUUAUUUCAAAGAAACAAUUGAGCACAUGCCAUUGCUCUUGGAACGACGAGUCACGCGAAAGGGAGACAUUGUACAAGUCGCUGUCCAAGUCCGAUCAAAGCUUACAAAUCUUUACGAUCUGACGGACUUGUCAAUUACGUUGGCGCUGCCAGAUCCUGUUAUUGGAGAAGAUGUGGAGGUUAAUGUAGGAGAGGGAAUAUAUGAACCAGUCAAACGUGUAAUUACAUGGAAGCUCAGCGCACUGCAAAAAGGUGACAGCUUCAUGGUUAGUGUUCGGUGCUUGGUGAAUGACGAUGCGGAUGAUGCUUUGUUGAAGUUCCCAAUCGUUCUGAGGUGCAGCUCUCUGGAUCAGAUCAGUACUGGUGAUUUUAAAGCAGUCGAAGCCACUGGCUACCCGGCUGCAAUCUCUUCCGAGGUGAUAUCUAGAACUUUCCGAUUGAUUCACAGGGUGAAAUGA